AUGAGUGGUCCCGUUACCGAUAUUCAAGCACCAGGAAUCCAAGCCCAUGGCGAAGUAUUACAUAACAUGCGAAAAGAGGUAGCCAAACUGCUUAAUCGUACGAACCCAAGUUUCCCCGGCGCACAACCCGUCAGUUUUACUAGACGUCAUCUCGAUGAAUUGAUGCGACAGGAUUAUUACGUCUGCGAGAAAUCUGAUGGUUUUCGUUACUUACUCUACCUUACCGAUGAUGAAAACCGUCAGGAAUGCCAUUAUUUGAUCGAUAGGAGGAAUGAUUUCUGGUAUAUACCCAAAGGAGGACUCCAUUUCCCUAUCCCUCGAGACGUCUCUGGAUUUCACACAAAUACCUUGAUUGAUGGAGAAUUGGUCUUGGAUAACCUUCCAAAUGGGGGAACGCAAUUGAAAUAUUUGGUGUUUGAUUGUAUGGUGCUGGAUGGAAACAGUCUUAUGAAUCGCACACUCGACAAACGACUUGCAUAUUUCAGCGAAAGGAUCUUCUCACCUUAUCAGGAACUUUUGAAAGACUACCCUGAAGAAAAAGAGUUUAUGAGUUUUCUUAUGGAGCUGAAACAGAUGCAAUUCAGUUAUGCGUUGGAAAUGAUGUUUCGACAAAUCCUACCACAGUUGCCGCAUGGAAAUGAUGGCUUGAUUUUCACAUGCAGGAGUACGGAAUAUAAACAUGGAACCGAUCAACACAUUUUAAAAUGGAAACCGGAGAAUGAGAAUAGUAUCGAUUUCAAACUAUCUCUCGAUUUCCCCACCGCGCAACCCGAUUCCAUGGAUCUCGCCGAAGGCAGCACCGAACCCUACAUCGACUACGACGCCAUCCCCAUCUGCAAUCUCUGGGUUCACGCCGGCCGAGACCACGCGGGAAACAAUAAAGAUGAAUGGUACGCGACGAUGCAUCUAGAGCCCGAGGAAUGGGAUAAGUUGAAGCAGCUGCAAGAGCCCCUGCAGGAUCGCAUUGUCGAAUGUUACAUGGAUGCGCAGAAGAGGUGGCGAUUUAUGAAAUUUAGAGAUGAUAAGGAAAAUGCAAAUCAUACGAGUACGGUGGAGAGCGUCAUUGAAAGUAUUAGGGAUAGGGUUACCGAGAAGGAUUUAACUUCUGCGGCAGUGAGAAUUAGACAGGAAUGGAAGAAGAGGGAUAAAGAGAAGAAAGCGGCUGCGGCUCCGUCCACGGCUCCGGCUGUUUGA